CAACACUGUUUGAUUUCUGAGGAGAAUCCAUUGUUUCCAUUAGAAGAAAGAACUAACUUUCUCGUCGAAGCUUUGAGCUCUAUCUGUUCGUCUCCAGAGAUGUAUAAUAAUAUGGGACCUCAACCGGGGAUGCCAAGACCUCCAGGAAACCCUGAGCCUGGUCCAUUUGGUAAUCCAUUCACUGGAGCUGGCUCGGGAUUUAUCCGUGGUGGUUUGGGAGCGUACGGGGAGAGAAUUUUAGGAUCAAGCUCUGAGUAUGUGCAGAGCAAUAUAAGCCGGUACUUCUCUGAUCCGCAAUAUUAUUUCCAAGUGAAUGAUCAAUAUGUGAGGAACAAAUUGAAGGUUGUUCUGUUUCCUUUCCUACACCGGGGACAUUGGACCAGAAUAUCUGAACCAGUUGGUGGUAGGCUCUCAUACAAGCCUCCAAUCUAUGAUAUCAAUGCUCCAGACUUGUACAUUCCGUUUAUGGCAUUUGGUACCUACGUUGUUCUUGCUGGCCUUUCAUUGGGACUUAAUGGAAAGUUUACGCCAGAAGCUUUGAAUUGGCUGUUUGUGAAAGGAUUGGUUGGUUGGUUUUUGCAAGUGAUGCUCCUGAAAGUAACACUUCUAUCACUUGGUAGUGGAGAGGCGCCAUUACUAGAUAUUGUGGCAUACGGAGGCUAUGCUUUUGCUGGUCUAUGCCUUGCGGGUAUUGCCAAGAUAAUGUGGGGAUACUCGUACUACGCGUUGAUGCCAUGGACUUGUCUAUGCACAGGGAUUUUCUUGGUGAAGACGAUGAAACGUGUUCUGUUUGCUGAAGUAAGAAGUUAUGAUUCGAGCAAACAUCACUACCUUCUGCUGUUUUUAGCCUUGGUCCAGUUCCCUCUUUUGAUAUGGCUUGGUAACAUUAGUGUUAAUUGGCUUCUUUGAAAUGGACUGUGCAAAAAAUACGUUUUUGUGAAUUCUUAUUGGUACUUGUAGCGUAAUUUGAACAUUCUUGGCAUUUAGCAUUGUAUGCUUGUCUAAUUCUAUUUGCAUGACGUGAAGAAAGAGUUAUUUUGAACAUCAUUGUAUUAGUCUCUUUCUUUGUUACCAUUUUAUCUCCAUUAUUAUGGUUGUAAAAUCUCCAAUCUAUAAAAUAAAAUAUACCAAUUUCU